AUGAAGGAUCAUGCGGCCAAUCAAAUGAACACUUAUGCAGAAGAAACCAAGGUAUAAUACAAAUUUAAUAUUUUUUUAAAUUUUAAAUACAGUGAAACCUCUGUUUAACGAACAUCUCCAUGACGAAAAUUCCGUACAACACAAUAUUUUUAACAACUUUAAAAUCCUUAAGCUGUUUUAUAUACAAGAGUUAUACUAUCCAAACCAAAAAAUUGCAUAUUGCAAAAUUUUAUAGAAUUUAGUAUAACAUUAAAAAAGAUGCUUUAGACCUAAAAUUUACAAAAAAUAUAUCGUAAAUUAGGAAAACAAUCAGGAGCGCUUAACAACAUCGUACAGCGUAUCUAUUCCAACACACACAGCAUCAUUAACGGUUGGUGAACGAGGCCCUAUCUUAUUACAAGACCACUUUCUUAUCGACGAACUUCAACGAUUUGCACGUGAACGUAAUCCGGAACGAGUGGUUCAUGCUAAGGGUGCUGGUGCUCAUGGUGUGUUCGAAGUGACUCACGACAUAACACAGUACAGUAAGGCUUGUGUGUUCAGUGCGAUUGGAAAGAAGACUCCGUUGUUUAUUCGGUUCUCUACUGUUGGCGGUGAGCGUGGGUCGGCGGAUACAGCCAGAGAUCCACGCGGAUUUGCUGUUAAAUUUUAUACAGAUGAUGGGAUCUGGGAUCUGGUGGGCAACAAUACUCCAAUUUUUUUUAUCAACGACGCAAUGUCAUUUCCGUCGUUUAUUCACACACAAAAACGAAAUCCGGCUACAAACCUCAAGGAUCCUAACAUGAUGUUCGACUUUAUUUCGCUACGUCCUGAAUGCCUUCAUCAAACGUUGUUUUCCUUCUCUGACAGAGGUACUCCAGACGGAUAUAGAUAUAUGAAUGGGUACGGUAGUCACACAUACAAGAUGAUAAAUGACAAGAACGAGGGUUUCUGGGUCAAAUUUCAUUUAAAGGUAAGCUGUUGAUUAGGUUUUUAUUUAAUUUUUUUAAUAAUAGGAAAAACUGAGUUUAAAAUUUUGCUUUUAAGAUUUAAAAUAAAUUCAAAUACUGGUCACUAAAAGCGAUUGUGACCCCGCAGCGGUUGUGACCCCGCGUUGGUUGUGACCCCGCAGCGGUUGUGACCCAAAAAGGGCGGUUGUGACCCCAUAUAAUUUAAAAAAAAUAAAAAAUAGUUAUAUACUUUGACCUUACCCUAUUCAAGACUGAUAUAAUAUUUUUAUCAAUUUUUAGUCUGCACAAGGGAUCAAAAACCUCUCAGCCAAAAGAGCGGCCGAACUGGCUGGUAAAGACCCGGACUACGCUACAAGAGACCUUUACAAUGCAAUCGUAGAAAAAGAGUAUCCAUCGUGGAACUUUAACAUCCAAGUAAUGCCUGACGCUGAUGCUGAUAAAUGCCCAUUCAACCCGUUUGACAUGACCAAGGUAUGGCCGCAAGGUGAUUUUCCACUGAUUCCUGUCGGUCGAAUUACACUAAACAGAAACCCGAAGAAUUAUUACGCCGAAGUGGAGCAGUCCGCGUUUGCACCAUCUCAUAUUAUACCUGGAAUCGACUUUAGUCCGGACAAAAUGCUUCAAGGUAGAAUUUUGGCGUAUCCGGACACACAUUAUCACCGAUUAGGUAAUUUUUAAAAAAUAUUUCCUCAAAAAAUUGCAAAAAUUUCCUAGUGUGAUUUAGGUCCGAAUUUUAUGCAACUUCCAAUCAACUGCCCAUUAAAGCGGCCUGAAAACUAUCAACGCGACGGCUCUAUGUGCAACUACGAAAACGGCGGAGGUGCGCCAAACUAUUACCCUAACAGCUUUGGUGCUAACCCAGAGCCCGAAAACAAAAUGAAAGAAGAUGUAUACCAGUUCAAUCUGAGUGGUGCAGCACAUCGUUGGGAAAACCCUAACGAUGAUUAUUAUCGACAACCUAAAGUUUUCUGGGAAAAAGUAGGUAAAACCUAAAUAAGAAUUAAUGAUUAAACUAAUGUAGAUUUUAAACGAAGACCAUCGCGACCGUGUAUGUCAAAAUUUAGUGGAGAUGCUACAGCAAUGCGCACCACAUGUGCAAGAACGUUGCAUUAAGGAGUUUCGUAACGUGAGCCCAAAUCUUGGCAACCAACUACGCCACAUGUUGUGCGAAAUCUCUGAAAAGAACGGCGAAGAUGAAAUGCGAGAGAACAAACGACGAACUUCUUGA